AUGGAGGAUAUAUCCGACGCCUCUCAGUUGACUGAAUUUGCCAAUUUAACUGCAAAUAAACAGAUUUUCGGCUCAAGCCCUUCAGCGGACGGACUACUCCCCUCCAAAGUGACAAAAGCGACUCCCCACGAAGAUUCACCACGUCACGAUGAAGAAAGACAACUGAGCGACGAUGCUCAUCUGUGUAUUCAGGAUUGCGGGUACAAUUCCUCGGAAUCCUCAACGCAACACUCCACGAGCGACAUAGAUGGUCAGGACCCGGAUGAUGACGACUUAGCUCCAUUGGACUCGCGUGCAUCCAGUCGCUCUUCAAUCUCCUCAAUCCCUGAUUCGGUGUUAAUCCACCCUCCAAGCGAGCUGAAACCUGUGAUCGGCUGCGACGCAGAUGAGCGAAUCCGCCACCCCUGGAUCAAUCGAGAUAGCCUCGGUCAUGGCAGAAUGGAGGCACAGUUCAAGUCCAUACAAACAAUCAGGCAACGGGAGGCUGCUUUUCGGAAGCCCAGCUCUGUGCGUGCAAUGCAGAUGCACACUGAGGAUGAGGAUGAUGACGAGUUCCUGACUCCGCCCAAGCGGAGGGGCGGACCUCGGAUGUCGGAUAUCUCGAUUCGUUCGGCGGGCUCGUCUCCGCUUAAGAGAUCACCUUAUUACUCACCUACCGGGUCUGCGGGGAGACAGAAAGUCAAGAAGGAGUAUCCGCUUGUUCUGCUUCACUGCACCUUGCUCCCUCCUUCGCUCCCUGUGCCAGGUUUGAUUGGGUACCCGGACCAGAAGAUACUGAGAGAGGUACUGCCUCCGGAGUACUGGAAGCGAUGGAAGUUGCUGGAGGAGAAGGUUGGUUCCGGUGUGCUUCGUGACCGGGGUGUGCUCAUCUCUCACCCGGAGGAUAUGUAUGAUCUGCUUGAGGAACGAUUGUUGGAAAGUCUGGAACUACAGCGUCCACGGCUCCACCAUGGCCACUUUCUGGGGCAUGAGGAAACGGGUUCGGAGGAAGGGGAUCAGUCGGCCGCAGAGGAUAGUGCUACUGAUGGCGAACAAGGCGAAGAGUGCCCUGAUUGCGGGGGACGAUUCCCUAGACACGAUGCGAGUAGGAAGUGGGAGAUCAAGGUCUUCGCCGCAAACGGGCUGAUGAGAGCUGGUGCCUGGGCUGCGGCUUGGAAGGAGAUGGAAAAGGUGGAUGUGGAAGUCGGCCUUUGGCUCCCAUCUGAGAUCAGGCGGGAGCUGGAAAAGCGGCUUUUGGACAAUGAUCCUCCUCGCAGUAAUCUUAGGCUGCAAGUGCCGCAACUCAGGGAGCAGCCUACAACCAAUAUUGGCGCAGAGCUGUAUGGUCAACCGUCGCGUACGAAUACGCCUACCCUAUUGAUUGACGAACCAACUUUAUUUGUUCCUGAAAAAGCCUCCCGUCCCUCAUCUCCUGCCCCAGAAAUCACGACGCCAACGAAGGCUCCAGUCAUGCCAGCCUCAACCUAUUCUCCGAGAUCAGUUGAGGAAAUCGACCUGCAAACGCUGCUCAUCAACUACAUCCGGGUACUGGCUAGUGACCGGCGCAACGUGACAAUCGUGCUUUUGAGUGUGCUGGUGGUAUACCUUGCCCUUGGGGUCAAACCUCAAACUUCCUCUUCAGACCUUCGACCGUUCCCUAGGGAUAUGUUUGAAUCUAUGCCUGCGCUCUCAUCUACCGUUUCACCGGAACAGCAUACAACUCCAAGCUGGACAGAACAGCCGAGUUUCUCUACUGUACUCUCUUUAACUGCAGAAGCACCUGCCAUGACUGUUGAAACUUCCACCCUUCAAAAGCAAACUGUGAGGGAAGCGUCCAGCUCGAAGACUUCCCAGGCUAUUGCUUCAGCGGCUUCCGAGUCUGUUACUUUAUCGUCCUCCAGCACUGCUGCUCCCACCCCUCAGAUUGUUGCUUCAGCAUCUUCUAAAAGUGUUGUUGACCCGAAAAGUCCCGAUGCUAAUUCGCAGGGGAUAGAGACUUCUCCUGCAAGUCUAGAUCUGGUGAUUGAGCGAUCUGAAUUCACGAGUCCGGCGAUGAGGUUAGCAAAGGAUGAGAUAGAGACAAUUGCGUCGAAGGAUUUGGCGGCUGAGACUUCUGCGAUGACUACUGAUUGA